AUGGAUAAGGAAGAAUCAAUAGAGAAAAAUAACAAGAAGAUUGCUAAAAAGAGAAACUUAGAGAAUUUUUAUUGGCCUAAAAAGUUUGUAACUGCUACAUUAACACCGACUACUCUUACUUUAGCCCCAAAUACUUUUAAAAUAUGGAAACAAGAAAAAUUUAAUUUGGAAAGUCAUGGAUCUACUGCUAAGGAAAGUAAUAACAGUAAGACUAACCCUACUUCUCAGUCAUCUGAUGCAAAUAUCAUUAGUACUGUUGGUAACCAGGUCAACGCAGGUGGUUUCUCUCAACCGUUAUCAUUUGAUGGAAACAUUAAUGAGGUUGGUGAUGAUGGUAAUGGUUGCUGUGGCAAGAAUUUUGAAAAUUUUGAGCCUUUGGCUAGUAACUCAAAUAUUAACAUCAAUCCAAGGAGGCACAAGAGAUCGAAUCAGGUCAAUCUAAACCAACAACAGCAAGAGAUUGGAUCCUUAAACCAGGUGAACAAGAACCAGCUGCAAACUAUUAGACCAGACAUUGACGAAUUGCAACAGCAACAAACUAUUAGACCUAAUGCUGACAUAUUGAAACAGGUCAGCAUGAAUCAACAAGAAGGAACAACUGGACAUGCUUUUAAUCAGUUGGAGCACGUCAAAAUAAACCAACAACAUCAAAUAGUUGGACCUGACAUUUUUGGAUUGAAUCAAGACAGUGCUAGUCAACAAAAAAUGAUUGGGUCCAACAUAUCAAACCAAGUUAAUGGCUAUCGAAUGCAGCAAACGAUUGCAACAAAUGAUUAUAGAUUGAAUGAGGUUUGGAUGAAUCAUCAACAAAGAGAAAUGAUUGCGCCUAAUUGUUUGGACAAGGCUAUAGGUUUACAGGUAAAUAUUGGAGAGAUGCCAAAUAAUACACUCUUGAGUCUUGAUCAGUCUAUCUUGAACAAUGCCGCAAAUUUGAAUAUGAUGAGGAACCGAUUAUCUAAGUUAGAGAAUAUGGUUAAUCUUAUGACGAUGAAUAAAAAACAUGAGUAUGGGUCAAAUAACAAUACUAAUAUAAGCUUCAACAACAACCAACCUGGGAUAAGCUCUAGUGAUGCAUGUAGAUCAACGAAUAUGAGCUUCGACGAUCAAUUGGGAAUUGCCUUUAGUGAUUUUUUUUGGUUCAGACAACACUGA